CACCCCUUAUCGACGGCCCUGGCUACGCGCGUGACUGUAGGCUACUUCGGUCUGUCUUGGCCAGGUUUUUAAAAAAACAUCUUAAACUCUCACGUCAGGUAGCCAAUUGGCAACCUUGGGUUAGGGUUAUGCAAAGAACUAAUAUUUAAUUAAUGAUGAAAAAAAUAUUAACUUGUGCCAAAUAGAUAUUUUAGUAACAAUUAAUAUUAAUAUUAAUUAAUAUUAACAAAGGUUUAGGUAAUGACUAGUUUGCUAUUUAUUAUGGCACCUUAUUAUAAAGUGUUACUGAUAAUUAUAGUUAUUGUUUUUUAAUUAGUAUGAUUAUUAAUAAUAACGUGUUUUCUUUCAAGGGGGAUGGACUUUGUGUUUGGUUGGCUGUGGGUCCUAUGAUGUUUAGAGACGAUGUUGCUCUGUUUUAGAGCUCAUAUCUUCUGUAUUCCUCUGGCCUGUCCUAGACUCACCGUCACCUUGGAAGGAGGGGAGAGAGCACUUACUGGAUGAACUUGAUGAAUUGGCACUUCGUGGCUGGAUGUUUCACGACGAGAGUGUCUACCUUAUUUCUACUACUAAGAAGAACUGGACGGCCAGUAGAGAAGACUGCCUGCAGAGAAACGCAGACCUGGUGGUCAUCAACAGCAGAGAAGAACAAGAACAGAUUUUCAGGUUUGUCAGCAGAUUGAUGGGUACUUCCUGGCUAGGACUGAGUGAUCGAGACACAGAGGGGACCUUCAAGUGGGUGGAUGGUACCCCCAUGACCUCAAGUUGGAGACACGGUAAACCACGCGUUGACGGCGGAGCAAAAUACUGUGUCGUAGCAGGGGAGGACGGCUGGUCCGAAGAACCGUGUGACAGACAGCACUACUGGAUCUGUGAGAAGGCCAUACACCUGGAUCAUCUGAGGGCUGGGCGAAACAAAGAGGCCAACAAUUUGGCCUCUCAUCAAACAGAGUCCAACAAUUUUACAGGGUCAGCGAUGCCCACGGAGGAGGAGGAGGAGGGCCCCUGGAGGGGGACGGCACAGACGACCAAUCAGAGGCCUGGGUGGAGAGGGGGUUCCUCUUCGUAA